CAUCGCGCGCUGAUGACGACAAGGACGUGCGCCGGCGUCUCACGCUGGUUUCUCCUUGGCGGCGUCGCGUCCAUGUCUGUCCGCAGCUACACUCGGCUCCUGGCGGGCUCGCUCCGCUAUGGCGGCGCCGUCGCUGCUCUCGGGAGGCGGCAGGGAGGCCUUGCCGGGGUUAGAGCGGCCGCCUCGGCUUCCUCCUCCUCUUCCGAUGGCGGCGGGCUCCGUGCUCCGGACACUUCCUUGUUCGUGCCGCUUCCCGUCUCCCCUGCGGCGCCGGGCCCUGAGGGGGACAUCGGGGCCGAGCUCACCCGCCCCCUCAAUAAGAGUGAAGCGCUGAAAAUAUUAAAUAAAUUUUACAAGAGGAAAGAAAUACAGAAACUGGGGGCAGAAAAUGGACUAGAUGCUCGCCUUUUUCAUCAAGCAUUUAUUAGCUUUAGGAAAUACAUUAUGGAAUCCAGUUAUCUGAGUCCUGAUAUUCACAUUAUUCUAAAUGAUAUAUGCUGUGGUGCAGGCCAUGUCGAUGACCUAUUUCCAUUUUUCAUGAGACAUGCUAAGCAGAUCUUUCCUAUGUUGGAGUGCAUGGAUGAUCUGCGUAAAAUCAGUGACUUAAGAUUGCCACCCAACUGGUAUCCAGAAGCAAGGGCUAUCCAGAGGAAAAUUGUGUUCCAUGCUGGCCCUACGAACAGUGGAAAAACCUAUCAUGCAAUCCAGAGAUAUUUAGCAGCAAAAUCGGGAAUCUAUUGUGGCCCUUUAAAGCUUCUGGCACAUGAAAUCUUCCAAAAGAGUAAUGAUGCUAAUGUGCCCUGUGACUUGGUGACCGGAGAAGAACGUGUCUCAGUUGAUCCCGAAGGUCGGCCAGCUGCCCAUGUUGCUUGCACCAUUGAAAUGUGCAGUGUCAAUACACCCUAUGAAGUGGCUGUGGUGGAUGAAAUUCAGAUGAUUAAAGAUCCUUCUCGAGGUUGGGCCUGGACACGAGCUCUCCUGGGACUAUGUGCAGAAGAAAUCCAUGUUUGCGGUGAAGCUGCUGCUAUUAAUUUGGUGACGGAACUCAUGUAUACUACAGGGGAGGAGGUGGAGGUGAGAAACUACAAGAGACUGACCCCUAUCAAGGUGCUGGAUGAAGCACUCCAAUCACUAGAUAAGCUUUGCCCUGGAGACUGCAUUGUCUGUUUCAAUAAGAAUGAUAUUUAUUCAGUGAGUCGGCAGAUUGAAGCACGGGGCCUGGAAUGUGCCGUCAUUUAUGGAAGUCUGCCCCCUGGUACAAAACUUACCCAGGCAAAGAAGUUCAAUGAUCCUGAUGAUCCAUGUAAAAUCAUGGUUGCUACAGAUGCAAUUGGGAUGGGCCUCAAUUUGAGCAUUAAAAGGAUCAUUUUUAACUCCUUGGUCAAGCCCACUGUGAAUGAGAAGGGUGAAAAAGAAAUGGAUACAAUUACAACUUCCCAAGCACUACAAAUUUCAGGCCGAGCUGGAAGGUUUAGCACUGUUUUCAAAGAGGGGGAAGUUACUACUAUGCACCGAGAUGACCUUCCCUUGCUGAAGGAAAUCUUGAGUAAAUCGGUGGAUCCCAUACUGACUGCAGGUUUGCAUCCCACUGCUGAGCAGAUUGAAAUGUUUGCAUAUCACCUUCCUGAUGCCACCCUCUCAAAUCUAAUUGAUAUUUUUGUAAGUCUCUCCCAAGUUGAUGGCCUCUACUUUGUGUGCAAUGUUGAUGACUUCAAAUUUCUUGCUGACAUGAUCCAGCACAUUCCCCUGAACCUGAGAGCUCGGUACGUGUUCUGCACAGCACCCAUCAAUAAAAAGCAGCCCUAUGUGUGCACCUCGCUCUUAAAGUUUGCCCGGCAGUUCAGCAGAAAUGAGCCUCUGACAUUUGACUGGCUGUGCAGGCAUAUUCAUUGGCCCCUGACCCCACCCAGGAACAUAAAGGACCUUGUACAUCUAGAAGCAGUUCAUGACGUCCUCGAUCUCUAUCUUUGGCUGAGCUACCGGUUCAUGGACAUGUUCCCAGAUGCUGCGCUUGUGAGAGACAUUCAGAAGGAACUGGACGACAUUAUACAAAUAGGAGUGCUUAACAUUACUAGGCUGAUUAGGGCUUCACAGACCACUUCUGGGACUGUUACUGUUCCAGAUGAUUUUCCUCUACAGAGGACGACCAUUAGUGAAGGGAUGUUAAAUGCAGAAGACCUCCCACAAGCGCCCAGAGCGCCUCUCUCUAGCGGCAUGAAGGCCCAAGGACAGCGAAGAGCAAGGGGAUCUAAAGCAGUGAACUCUAGGCCCGGAGAAGUUCAGAUGGGUCGAAUCCAGGGCGCUCUGGCUGCUCGACUAAUACAACAAGGACUCCUCACACCGGAGAUGCUGAAACAGUUGGAGGAUGAGUGGAUGGCUCAACAUAAUGGGGAUGCCAGUGGUUCUUCUGAAAACACAGGGCCAAGCACAUUCAAAGGGAAAAAGAGAAAAUAAAGUUAUUCCUUUGCUAAAUCAAAA